UGUGAUUGGGCCAUCAACAUCAAGGCUGCGAAAAAUAACGUGUAACUUCAUAUAUUAAAAAAAGUUUUAAUUUAAUAAUAUAUGUGGGGCUAAUAAAACAUAUAAUCAUUUAUCAUUUAUAAAAAAUACAAUAUAUAAUAUAAAUACAAUAUAUAAAAAUAAAAUAUAAUAUGAUCUGUAUAAUAUGUGCCACAUGUGCUUGGCUUUUCCUCCCUUAUUUACACUUGCAUAAAAAUAUAGGAACGUAUCCAUAAACAUGAAUUAGCCUAAGGAGCAAAUACAAAAAUCAGACAAAAAAAGAGCAUUUAUAUAACUUCAAUUAUAUAGCUUUUACUAAUUUACAGGUAAUAUUCCGUGUUACUGAAAGUUUCCACAUAGCUCUUAAGACCUGUAAUGUAAACAAAAUGUAAUGCUAAUGUUUUUAUGCUGUUCUCAUUUUGUGGUUUUACACAUAUAAUGUAGCCUAUAUUUAUAGAAUGUGAAUAGGCUACUUAAUAGUAUUUAACUUAGAUUGGAUUUUUCUUUUUAUAAUAAUCAUGGACCUUCAAAGUAUAACAAGACAUUGUAUAUUUCUUAAUGUAAUGUUUUUAUUAAAAUGUGACAUUCAAGUCUUUCCAAGAAGAGGUAGAGUGAAUUUUUUUUUUUUUUAAACCUAGUUAAUUAUUUCUCAUUUCUACAUUUCUACAUUUACAGUAUAAGCUAAGGAACUGAAGCCACUGCUUCUGUUUCUAUUAAAACAGUCUAGACUAGGGGACAACAGGGGAGACUAGGGUUUGUUGACAGACUUUUUUACUUUUUCAGAGUAGGUUAAUAUUUGAAAGUCAGUUUCUGAUUAGGCACAUACCUAAUCUUGCCUACAAAAAAAAAUAAAAAAUACUGAACAUACCCUUCAAGUCUUUUUUUAUUUCAGUACCUCUAAGAAAUUUGUUUGGAGCCCAAAAAUUAGAUCAGAGUUUGAGGAACUGUGUUGAUGCAGCAGUGGAUCUGGUCGAAUAUCCUAAAGCUAGGGACAAUGGUAUUUUGAUGCAUCGGUGGAAGUCUAGUAUUUCCAACGAUGAGGCUAGCUGGAAUACCUCAUUUCAGAUAGUUCUACCUUUUGGCUACCGAGACCAGGUCUUAAAAUUUGCUCACAAGAAUGUGCUCGCCGGUCAUCUGGGUAUUACUAAAACUAUAUAGUAUGAAAUCCAGCGUUUCAAAGUUUUGUCGGUCUUGUCAUGUAUGUCAGGUGGCAGGGAAGUCUAAAACAAUGAUUCCCCCAGCACCGUUACAACCAAUUCCAGUGAUGGGAGAACCAUUUGAGAGAUUGAUUCUUGAUUGUGUCGGCCCGUUGCCAAGAGCAAAGUCUGGCCAUCAAUAUGUUCUGACCAUGAUGGCGGCAACGUGGUUCCCUGAAGCUGUUCCCCUGCGAUCACUUAAAGCCAACAUUGUUGUAAAGGAGUUAGUGAAGUUCUUUUCUGUUUUCAGUCUGCCAAGAGUCAUACAGACAGACUUAGGGACCAACUUUACCUCCAAAUUGUUUAAAGGCCUAUUGACUGAACUUGGGGUAAGUCAUCAAACCUCAAGUGCCUACCACCCCCAGUUUGGUUCCACCAAACACUCAAGUUUAUGCUUCGUGCGUAUUGCCUUGCUUCCGGCAAAGACUGGGUGGAGGGGCUGCCUUUGUUAAUGUUUGCAGCACGUGAGUCUGUGCAAGAGUCCAUAGGGUUUAGUCCAGCUGAACUUGUUUUUGGUCACACAGUUCGUGGUCCCUUAAAAUUGCUCCGUGAACAGCUGAUAUCUAAGUCUCCGUCACCAGUGACUGUGCAGGAAUAUGUUAGUUCUUUCCGUGCUCGUCUUCAAGAGGCUUGUGAAGUAGCUAAAGAACAUCUGGCUGCCACACAAGCUAAAAUGAAGUCCCGUUAUGACCAGAAAAGUGUUUCUCGUAAAUUUCAGUCUGGAGAUUCUGUAAUGGUUUUACUCUCGGUGCCUGGAUCCGCAUUGCAAACUAAGUUUAUUGGACCUUAUAUUGUUGCUAGGCAGCUAAGUGAAACUAAUUGUUGUUCCAGCUCCUGAUCGGAGACGAAAGACCCGUGUGUGUCAUGUCAAUAUGUUGAAGGCUUAUGUUGCCAGGGAUGAGUCAAAUAAAAAAAUAAAAAAGUCUGCACAUGUUGUUUCUACUGUUGAUAUCAUUCACUCUGUUACGUACUCCGCUUACUGUCCUGAACAAGACAGUUUGGAAGUAAAUGAUGCUCAAACAUCAUGUAUUAGGUUACCGAAUUCUGAUAUUUUGAAUAACCUUGAGUUACAUCUUGCACACCUUUCUAAGGAGCAACGGGAGAAUGUUGUUAAGUUAAUUGGAGAUCAUUCCAUUAUAUUCUCUGAUGUGCCGCAGCAAACCACUAUGUUAACUCAUGAUAUUGACGUGGGGACUGCUGUACCCAUUAAGCAACAUCCUUACAGGGUCAACCCCAAGAAGAGAGAGGUUAUGCGGAUGGAGGUGGAGUAUCUGCUGCAGCAUGGCUUGGCGGUAUCUAGCAAGAGUCCUUGGAGUUCCGCUUGCUUGUUGGUGCCAAAGUCAGAUUCUUCAUUGCGGUUUUGUACGAAUUACCGGAAGGUAAACAACAUCACUAAGCCUCACUCUUUUCCUCUACCAAGGUUGGAGGAUUGUGUUGAUCGAGUGGGUUCAUCGCAGUUUGUCACCAAGUUGGAUCUUCUCAAAGGCUACUGGCAAGUCCCCUUGACUGCUCGGGCAUCAGAGAUUUCUGCCUUUGUGACUCCUGACAAUUUCCUGCAAUAUAAGGUCAUGGCCUUAUUCCUGGAGAUGACUGGCUACUAUAGAGGUGGAUGCAAGCGCUGCUGGAGCUGGAGCAGUGCUGCUACAGGAGGACCGUGAUGGCAUUGACCACCCUGUGUGUUAUUACUCUAGAAGUUUUCAACAUGCCAGCAGAGGUAUAGCACUAUCGAAAAAGAGGCGUUGGCAUUGUUAUUAGCGUUGCAGCACUUUGAAGUGUACUUGGAAGGUAAUUGUAAACCAAUUAUUGUUCACACUGACCAUAACACUCUUGUUUUCUUGUCACGAAUGGCUAAUUCGAAUCAUAGAUUGAUGCGGUGGUGCCUGAUGGUCUAAUAAUACCAUCUUGAUAUUCGCCAUAAGAAAGGUUCAGAUAAUGUUGUGGCCGAUGCCCUGUCCAGGGUCCAUUCAAUGGAAAGCUAAAUGCAUUAACGAGGUGGUAUUGUAUACAAACUUAUUUUUUUAGUUUGUAAACUUGUGGUGGGGGUGUUAUGUCCCAGGAUUUGUGGGAGUGUCCCUUUUUGUGUAUGUGCUCUGCUUGUUUUUUUUUUCUCUCUCUAACGUUGAUGAGGAUUUACAGGUGGAGUUCAAUUAGUAGAUGACUUUGUUGAUGACUGCACUCUCCUGAUUGGUCCACUGUUUGGAGUUAAAAGGCAGAGCUGAGAUGUCUGGAGUGUGGAGGCUUGGAGCAAGCGUGUCUUCUGCUGGCGGUUUCCUGUUUGUGUUUGUGGUUAACAUGUUGUUGAUGAA